AUGUCUCAUCCGCUCAUCAACCAGCAUGGUCCACCACUUUCCCUCCCAGACGCCAACGGUGAGACAUACGUAAUGACACCUGGUGCAAAUGGAGUACCCAUCGCCUUGUUCUUCUAUCCUGAAUCCGAGUAUUCGAACCAGGGUCCUACGGUUGUACGAGGGAAGCUUGCCAAUUCCGAGAUGCCCUUGCAGGAGUUAUACAAACGCGCUAAAGUGGAAAUAGUCGGCAUCAGCAAGGAUCCAGUUGCGAAACAGAAGGCUUUCGUGGAGAAAGAGAAGCUUACGUAUCCCAUCUUGAGCGACACGAGCGGAGAGGCACGCAAAGCGUACCAGGUUGGGAAAGGUCUCAUGGGCCUUACCGACGCACGCGUCACCUUCUUCAUCGACUCCGAGGGUAUGGUACGGUGA